UGCUCAGUAGUUAUUUGUGUACCUGCGCUUGCAAACAGAAGCAGUGCGCGUUACCCAAAUGGACCCGGUGGAUUUUACCUGAGGAACGACAGAAGCAGGGGCAGUUUAAACAAUUAGCAAUGUCUCUAUAUUGCAUUGCAUGGAUUUGCGGAUUGUUCCUUUCCCCGUUUUUGAAGAGGUAACAGUAAAGGUCCAUGCAUGACAACAUGGAUUGCCUUUUCCUUUUGCUCUGGAGUUUACAAGUCCCUUUGGCUCUGCAAUUCUGUUGCUUCCACUCUGUAACAUCGGUCUCAUUUACCGGCGACACCGGCGUCCUCUAUCAAGAUUAUGAUUUUGCCAUACCAGUGGAAGUGGACUCAAUUGGAGGCUACAUUUCCCACGAUUUGUCAAGACAUGGAAGGAGCAGGAGAUCCCUGUCAGAAGCUGGUGGUCCAUUGCACUAUCAUGUCUCUGCAUUUGGCAAGGAAUUGCACUUAGACCUGCAGCCAUCCCAUGUGCUGGCAGAGGGGUUUACUGUACAGACACUGGGUGCAGAGGGCAUCAAUACAGCCACCCUUGAGCCUUCUAUUCAUAACUGUCUCUAUCAGGGUUCCAUCCGAAACCAUUCUGAUUCCUCUGUGGCUAUAUCCACCUGCACAGGUCUGUCAGGUCUGAUCCGGUUCUCCAGCGAGGAACUUCUCAUCACUCCGCUACCGCAGCAUUUGGCUUUACAACACAACUACAGCGCCCCCUCUGGACAUCACCCACAUGUCAUCUACAAGCGAUCAGCUGAGCGCAGAGUGUACGCUGAUAAGACUGCCUGGUUCAGCAGUGUUAAAUCAAACAACCCAUAUGAGAACCACCACCACCACCACCGUCACCAUGACUCCCAGCAUGGAAAGCUCCAGAGACAACAUUUCUGCGGACGCCGCAAGCAAUAUACUCCCAAGCCUCCUACAGAGGAGCAUUUUGUCAUGCCUGAUGAGUUUGAGCAGCAAAGCCGGGUGAAGCGCUCAGAGAUUACAUCAAGCAAAGAGGGUGGCCUGAACGUGGAAACUCUGGUGGUGGCAGACAGGAAGAUGCUGGAGAAACAUGGCAGAGACAACGUCACUACCUAUGUCCUUACUGUCAUGAACAUGGUCUCCAGUCUGUUCAAAGAUGGAACUAUUGGAAAUGAUAUCAACAUUGUUGUGGUCAGCCUCCUCCUACUUGAAAAAGAUCCACUGGGUCUGUCAGUCAACCACCACGCAGACCAAUCACUCAACAACUUCUGCCAGUGGCAAUCAGGACUGAUUGGUAAAAACGGCAAGCGGCACGACCAUGCCAUACUGUUGACGGGGCUGGACAUCUGCUCCUGGAAGAACGAACCAUGUGACACCUUGGGUUUCGCUCCAAUAAGUGGGAUGUGUAGCAAGUAUCGUAGCUGCACGAUUAAUGAGGAUACAGGGCUGGGCCUCGCUUUCACCAUCGCCCACGAGUCAGGACAUAAUUUUGGAAUGAUCCAUGACGGAGAGGGGAAUCCCUGCCGGAAGACUGAAGGGAACAUAAUGUCUCCCACAUUGGCUGGGAAUAAUGGUGUUUUCUCAUGGUCUGCCUGUAGUCGGCAAUACUUGAACCGAUUUCUAGGUACAGCUCAGGCUUCAUGUCUAGUGGAUGAACCUAAGCAGAUAGGCCAGUACAAGUACCCUGAGCAGCUUCCAGGUCAGCUGUAUGAUGCUGAUAUACAGUGCAAAUGGCAGUUUGGCUCGAAAGCAAAACUGUGCAGCCUGGACUUUGUAAAGGACAUCUGUAAAUCAUUGUGGUGCCACAGAACAGGACACCGGUGUGAGACCAAGUUCAUGCCUGCUGCCGAGGGCACCAUCUGCGGACCAGACAUGUGGUGCCGGAGAGGACAGUGUGUCAAAUUUGGUGAUCAUGGUCCUACAGCAGUGCAUGGCCAGUGGUCGGGCUGGUCCGAGUGGUCUGACUGUUCACGCACCUGUGGUGGAGGGGUCAUGUACAGAGAGCGGUCCUGCAACAGCCCCAGCCCACAGCACAACGGCAAGUUCUGCCAAGGCCCCGGUCGACUGUACCAGCUGUGUAACACCAAGCGAUGCCAGCCCAAUGAAGUGGACUUCAGAGCUCAGCAGUGUGCCGAGUACAACAGCAAACCCUUCAGGGGAUGGUACUACAAAUGGAAGCCAUACACCAAAGUGGAAGAAGAGGACAUCUGUAAGCUGUACUGCAUUGCUGAGGAUUUUGAUUUUUUCUUCGCUAUGUCCAGCAAAGUCAAAGAUGGGACGUCUUGCUCUGACUACAAAGGAGGCGUGUGCAUUGAUGGGAUAUGCGAGCCGGUGGGCUGUGACCAGGUGUUGGGAUCAAAGGCUGCUUUGGAUGCCUGUGGAGUUUGUAAAGGAGACAACUCCACCUGCAAGUUCUACAGUGGCCAGCACACCCUCCAGCACAGAGCCAACGAAUAUUACCCCGUUGUGACGGUUCCUGCUGGAGCGAGGAGCAUCAGGGUACAGGAGAUGGAGAUCUCCACCAGCUACCUGGCUGUCCGCAGCCUGAAGCGUGGCACCUACUACCUGACGGGGGACUGGACGGUGGACUGGCCUGGCAAAUUCCAGUUUGCAGGCACUACGUUCAACUAUCAGCGCUCUUUCAACCGGCCUGAGAUCUUGUACGCCACAGGCCCCACUAAUGAGACCCUGCUCUUUGAAAUUCUUCUUCAGGGUAAAAAUCCUGGUAUUUCAUGGGAAUACACUCUACCCCAUCCUGAGAAGAAGCACAACUACACCUGGUCUGUGGUGCGCUCUGACUGCUCUGCGCCUUGUGCUGGGGGUCGGAUCUCGACGAAAGCCAUUUGUUUGCAGGAUAAGAACACGCAGGUCAACUCUUCACUCUGCAACCCUGAGACCAGACCUGUGGUGGGCUCUCACUUGUGCAACACACAGCCCUGCCCUGCCUAUUGGACGACAGGUAAAUGGGGAGUGUGCAGUAGAACAUGUGGAGGUGGGCAGCAGACGCGGAACAUCCGCUGCAUGAGGAAGGUGACGUACCAGCGGGAAGAGGUGGCGGCUCACUCCUUAUGUCCAGUAAUGGCUCCGGCCCAACUACAGCCCUGCAACACACAGACAUGUCCUCCAGAGUGGAGCACUGGCUCCUGGUCUCAGUGCACUAAGACCUGUGGGCGAGGGUUGAAGAAGCGUAGUGUUUUCUGCAGGAGCACUAAUCCAGGUGCCAGGGCUGUGGUGGUGCCUGACAGCAUGUGUAAAUUACACCUGAAGCCCAAAGCCCAGGAGACCUGUGUGCUGAGCCGCUGCCCCAAGAAUGAGCGUCUUCAGUGGAUAACUACCACCUGGGGAGAGUGUUCGGCCUCCUGUGGAGCAGGAGUAAAGAGAAGAGAGCUGCAAUGUGGGGAGAAAGACUCCCAAGUAGGCUACACAGAGUUCCCUGUGAGGAGGUGCAGGAACCUCCGUAAGCCCCAAGCAGACCUUGAGCAAGCUUGUAAUAAUGGCCCCUGCCCAGAGCCCCCACCGCCCCAGAUCCUCCAGCCUGGCCCAGACAGGGGUGGCACUUCUGUGACUCUGGGCUGGUACUCCUCUCCUUGGCUGCAGGUAUGCGCAACUAGCUCAUCAUAA